AUGGAGAUCAACCAUCACAACAUCAACCGUCACAACAUCAACCGUCACAACAUCAACCGUCACAACAUCAACCAUCACAACAUCAACCAUCACAACAUCAACCGUCACAACAUCAACCAUCACAUCAACCGUCACAACAUCAACCGUCACAUCAACCAUCACAACAUCAACCAUCACAACAUCAACCGUCACAUCAACCAUCACAUCAACCAUCACAACAUCAACCGUCACAUCAACCAUCACAACAUCAACCGUCACAUCAACCGUCACAACAUCAACCGUCACAUCAACCAUCACAACAUCAACCGUCACAUCAACCAUCACAACAUCAACCGUCACAACAUCAACCGUCACAACAUCAACCGUCACAUCAACCAUCACAACAUCAACCGUCACAUCAACCGUCACAUCAACCGUCACAACAUCAACCGUCACAUCAACCGUCACAACAUCAACCGUCACAUCAACCAUCACAACAUCAACCGUCACAUCAACCAUCACAACAUCAACCGUCACAUCAACAACCGUCACAACAUCAACCGUCACAUCAACCAUCACAACAUCAACCGUCACAACAUCAACCGUCACAACAUCAACCGUCACAACAUCAACCGUCACAACAUCAACCGUCACAACAUCAACCGUCACAUCAACCGUCACAUCAACCGUCACAACAUCAACCGUCACAUCAACCAUCACAACAUCAACCAUCACAACAUCAACCGCCACAUCAACCGUCACAACAUCAACCGUCACAUCAACCAUCACAACAUCAACCAUCACAUCAACCGUCACAACAUCAACCGUCACAACAUCAACCGUCACAACAUAAAACAUCACAACAUAAAACAUCACAUCAACCAUCACAACAUCAACCAUCACAUCAACCACUCAAAUAUGCCUGAUAUUUACAAACAAACGUGA